UGAGCCUUGCUAUUCCCGUAACGUCGUCGACCUCCCUGGCAUCUCGAGAUUACUACGUGCACAUCCAACCCACCCACCCGGAUAUACGCGUAAACGCAAAUACACACAGACACACCGCGCAGAUCACGAUCGAAAUCAAUCGGUCCAAUGGAUCAUCCAUCGAGGGUAUUAGCGCAGGCGCGACAGCAUCUCGAGGCCCUCAAGCAAUCUGGUCUUAGCCGCAAUGAACUAAUCGCCUUAUUGGGAGAGGAAUCGCAGCCGCAGCCGCAGCCGCAGUCGCAACCGGGACAGCCUACCAUGGUAGCCGACGGCUCGUCGGCAAUACCCAAUUUCAGCUACCGAGACGUCGGCGGCCCGUCGUUCACCCAACCUCACAUGCACCGAGCGUCGAUAGCGUCGUCCCGAUCGAGCUGCUCUAGCCGCGACAGCGUGUUCUCGUCGAUAUCCGGACGGAGCUCGAUCUCAUCGACGACGGCGUCGAGCUCGACGGAGGCGAAGUUCUGGUGUACGUCCUGCGACAAGACGUUCAAGAGGAAGUUCGACUGGAAGCGGCACGAGGAGGAGUUCCACGAGCGGUCGCGCAAGUACCCGUGCCCGAACUGCAACCAGAGCUUCUGGGGCCCGAACACGUUCAACCAGCACCACAAGUCGGCGCACGGGUGCAAGACGUGCCCGCACGCGGAGUCGGUGGUGAAGCACCUUCGGAAGAGGCGGGCGUGGGGCUGCGGGUUCUGCGCGGCGAUGCACGGCAAGUUCGAGAAGCACAUCGACCACGUCGCCGCGCACUUCGAGUCGGGGCUCACCAAGGCUGACUGGUGGCACUCGAACGUGAUCUACGGGCUGCUGCACCAGCACCUGGUGCACGAGGCGUGGAAGAGCCUCGUGGCGCGCAAGCAGAGCGCCUUCAACGGCCUGCAGCCCAUGUUCAGCUGGAGCCCCGAGUCGAGCGGGCGCGCGCAAGGCUUCGUCGAGAACGAGAACCCCGGCCAGCUCCAGGACCACCUCGAGUUCUUCGACGGCACCAAGGAGUCGGCCGACGCCAUCGCCGAGAUGGCGUACGGCUGCGUCCACCUCAUCCUCCGGCCGCGAGCCGGAUCGGUCUCGAGCCACCCGAGCCAGCACGACAGCCUGUCGCCGCAACCGACCUCCGCGCCCGCGCCGUCGAGCAGCGCGCACAAGAGCAUAGCACUCUCGGCGUCGAGGCCGGCAGCCGUGCCGCGACGCUCCGCUUCGAUGUCCGCGCUUUCGGGACCAGGCCGCCAUGGCGGGCGGGCCCGCAACGUGCCGAACGCGACCGGCGGCAGCCCCGGGCAGCAGCAGUUAUCAAACCUGAUCCUCUCGCCGGGGCACCAGUCGAUGGGGCCGAACGCGUUCCAGCAGCAAGCGUUCAUGCGGACACCGCAGGCGCAGCCUCAGCGGUUCACGGCGCCUCCGCCUCCGCAGCUCUUGAUGGAUAAGGCGCUGCCGCCGGCCCCGCUGGCCCCGACGCCGACCUCGCCGAUGAACCUCGACUUCCCGAUGUUCGGGACGAACGACGGCGGGCUGCUACCGCCGCUGGACCUGUCGUCGGACGACUGGCACAGCUUCACGAGCACGCUGGUGGAAGAGGAGCAGGAGGAUAUGGCGAUGGACGUACAGCAGCACGAACAUCAGCACCAGCACCAACACCACCACCAGCAUCCGCACGCGCACGCACACCAGCAACAACCGAUAUCCGGAGACUUCCCGAUGACCUGGGAGGACCUGGGGCAGUUCGGGCCGCGGGGUCAAUAAACGGCGACAUCCUCGGGGAAGGACUGGGGGAGGUAGUGAGAAGAAUGGACAGAAUAUUCUCCGUCGCCGUCGAGGAAGGGAGAAAACUGCCGGCUUCCUCUCGUCAACCCGGCGCGCUCUCGAACGGCCAACGCGGCCAGCCACCAG